UGAAGGAUAAUUAGGUAUCGAAAUGUAUUUUACUUCGAUGUUUAGUAAUGAUUAGUCAGUUGUAUGUGUGCUAUAUUAUAAAAAGUAGCUAAAUGCUCACUACUAACCAAGCGACCUUGCAUUUUAGAGGUUGUUUGAGUGAAGCGAAGCUUUUUCAUAGAAGUUUCUUCAACUUGCUCAAGAUAUCGAAUUAGGUACAUGUCGAAUGAUUUUUUUGAGUGAUCGCCAUCAGUGUCUCGAGGGGUUGAAUCCCCAGUUCGAAGGGGUUAAAACCGAGAGGUACCGACCGAUCUCGGGGUCACGCUCUUCCCCUCGACGCCUCCUCAAUCGGCACAACCCGGCAACGCCGCGACCUUCUCGCAUGUUCCCUUAAACACUGACGUGUGACGCAAUAAACUCAUGCUCCGUCGUUUUCAGCGUGAAUUUCCAUCGAAAACAAUCCAGGCAGUGGCCAGAGGCGUUUUUCUAGCCCUAGAACCGUCGCGAUUUUCCGAGGGUUUUUCCUCGCUACCCGUACGCGCUUUUCCUUUGUUUUAAGGCCGCUUGAGGGGAAGUACCGCACAUAAAUAACGAUAGAUCAAAGGGUGCACGACGGCGGCGGUGGUGGGGGGGGAAAACGACGGUGCGUUGUGGACCGCGUGCCUGCGAAAAUAAGCAUAGAUUGGUGUGGUGCGCAUAGAGGCUGCGCAGCGGUCCGAUGUCAGCAGGCAGGCAGCGGACAGACGCGUAAUUUUUUUUUUCGCAUCGCUCCUCGCCUCCUUUCCAAUUUAUCGAAUUCCGAAUAGGUGGAAGGACUGUCCGCGAACGUGGAAAAAAAGAAAUCUGCGCAGAUAACUGCGAUUCUGUGUUUUGGUUUUCUAUGAAAUCGUCGCAGUUUUCAAAAAUUUCUAUCCAGCGAUAUUUCAAAAUAUGGAUUUUGAAAAUGAUGUCGAAAACGAGAAAAUCGUAUUAGAGCAGCAGUUCAUUCUUAGAUUGCCACAUGAGGAAGCUAUAAAACUUCGUAAUUUGCUGGAUACUAAACCAAGCAAGGUGAAGAAAUCGUUGAAGCUUGAUCUCAAUUUAGAUGAUAAUUCAGGAAUUGUGAAAUUCGGUAAACGUAAACUUUAUGGUUGUUUGCGAAAAUUUCCCACCAUUAUUGAGUCGUACAAAACUCAUGAUAAAGUAACAAUCUGCAAAACUGCAGAUAUUAAUCAAGUUCUCAUCUGCGAUUUUGAAAAAAACGACAACAAAAAGUUGAACUUUAUGCAUGGAAUUACUCCUCCCUUGAAGAAUGUAAAGAAGAAAAGAUUCAGGAAAACUCUUAUAAACACAGAAAGGGCUGUUGAGGUUGAAAAUAUUGAAAGAGAAUUGUAUUAUCUUUUGAGAACCGAUCUUGAGGCUGUAUCUUCUAAAUAUGAAGUAACAUAUGAGCAAGACAAGGAAAAUCGUCCAAAUAACAGUGAACUCAAUCUUUUUGGGAACAUAUCUUCAGAGGUAAAUUUCAACAAUUUUGUUUUUUCAACAAAAUAAUGUGUUUGGUUUUUUUAGACGUCUGAUGAAGAAGACUGAUUUCCAAUUCAAGAUUGAACAUUAUGAAACAAAAUUGAAGUAUCAUACAGUUCUUGAAACAAUAUAAAUAUUUCUACAGGUUAGGCUGACGUUUUCAUUUUCUUAGAUUUUUUUAAUUCACCAUUUAUCAUUUUUCUUUUCUUCGAUUUCACAUUUUCAUUUGAGUCACCGUUCAUUUCAACAUCU